AUGGCGGACAACGAGGGCCCAUGGAACAACCAAUGGCACUUGCUGCAGCAGAGCCAGCAGCAAGCGGAGGAGCAGCAAUGGAAAGGAACGGAGGAGCAGCAGUGGAGGGGAGCGGAGGAGCAGCAAUGGCGGCAAGAGGUGCAGCCGCAGUUGUUUGGUCACCUGCUGGGGCAUCAGCAAUUGGAUGGGGAUGCUGGGCUGAGGGUAGGAGCAGACUUGGAUGUGCAAACGCAACAGCACCAGCACCAACAGCACCCGCAGCAGCAGGAACAACAGCAGCACCAGCAGCAGCACCAGCAGCACCAGCAGCAGCAAGAGCAGCAGCAGCAGCAGUGGUUCUCAAGAAACCCAAGUAUGGAGGAGCAAGCAGGAAGCGCCGCUGCAGGCCUGCUAGCAUCCGCACCCAUUCUGGACCACUCACUCGAUCAAUCCCCCUCCAAAGUCCUCAACUUCCUGUCUCAGAAUCACAACCACAUGGCUGCAGGCGCCUCUGGGUGGAGCUCUUCCCCCGCAGGGGGGAUAGAAAGAGGCUCGGGAUCCACAGCACCAGCUGCACUAGCGGCACCAGCAGCAGCACGAGCAGCUGCAGCAGCAUCAGCAUCAAGACCAGCGCUGCCGGCGUUAUCUGCGGUGUCAGCAGCGGCAGCAGCAUCGGCAUCAGCAGCAGGUGGUGCUGGUACUGGUGCUGGUGCUGGUACUGGUGCUGGUGCUGGUGCUGGUGCGUCAAGAGCAUUGGUCGUGCGAGAAGACAACACCAACGCCCUCUCUGUUCAUCCCCAGACACUCCUCCCCGCAGCCGGCGGCACCCCCCCGAACCACCUCAAAUCGAAUUCCGACUCCAAAUCCCUCUCCGGAGGCUCGGGAACGGCCCAGCCUGCCGAGCCUGACUCGGGGAACGCGGCGACCAGCGCCAAGCCUGCGUCGAACAGCUGCGGCGGCGACCCGAAGCUGUUCCGGGGAGUGCGGCAGCGGCACGAGGGCCGGUGGGUGGCCGAGAUUCGCUACCCUAAAAAGCGUUCCCGUGUAUGGCUUGGCACCUUCAACACCCCGGAAGAAGCAGCUAGAGCGUACGAUCGCGCUGCUGUGAAGCUACGAGGGCCCAAGGCACGGACCAACUUCCCCCACCCGGCUCUGGCGGAAUGGCAGCCUUUGCCUGGGUAUGUUGGGGUGGAGAAGGCGAUUAGUGAAGCGAGGGAGAGGGGUGGCGGGGAUGUGGGUGCGGCAGGGGUGGCUGGGUGGGUUCAGGGGUCAGGGUUUAACGCUACUGGGAGCUCUGUAGGCGGCCAGGGGAGGCAGGUUCAGGUGGUGGUGUCUGGUGGGGGUGGUGGUGCAGGAGGGGGGUUGGUGGGUGGUGGGGCAGGGGGGAUUGUGGGGGGACAGGCAGAGGCGGGAGGCGUGGGGCAGGGGCACGGAGGAGGAACUGGGCAAGGAGGCAUAGGGCAGAGGGAAUUGGGGCAGCAGCAAAUGUUUGGGCAGCAACAAGGACUCGGACAGGAGAUUUCCGGGCAUGCUAACAUGCAGCAGGGUUUGGGGCAGGCGAGUUCUAUUCUGCAGGGGCUUGUACAGGGGCAGGUGCAAGGACAGGUGCAAGGGCAGGGGCAUGGGCAAGGGCAGAGAGUAGGGCAGCUGGAGAAUCAGGUGAAGAGAGCUAGAAGGGGGGAUUCGAACGGAUCUGAGGAGUCGUCAACCGGGGUCAGUGGUUCUGGCAGUGCUGCUAAGGGCGCUGCUGCUGCUGGUACUGGUAGCGCUGGUGGUGGUGGUGGUGGUGCGGGUGGUGGUGGUGGCGGUGGUGGUGGUGGUGCGGCUAGUGUGGGGAAUGUAGCAGCUGCAGCAGCAGGAUUAUCCACUGGAGGGUGGUCUGAUGGAGGGCUUGCUGGGGGAGGUGGCAACUGGCAAGGGGGAGGUGGGAACCCGGCUCUGCUGCAGCAGCUUUCCAAAGUCUCGUCACAGGAGCUGAGAGCUGCACCUGCUGUGACCUUUGAGGCGCACUUGCUGUCACUCACUAGUGGCUUCAACCUCUCGUGCCGGACAGAAGGGUCUGUCUCUCAACAGGAGAUUCGAGCUGCGCCUACCAUGCAAGCACUAGGGGUCCAGAUUCGAGACGUGCUGGGGUGCUGUGGCGGAAGGAGUGGGUCGAGCAGGCUGCUACAGUGGAAGGAGUCGGGCGAGCAGGCUGCUACAGCAGCAGGAGUGGGGCGAGCAUGCUGGUACAGUGACAGGGGUGGGACUCCCGGAACCAGGGUGGUCUCUGAGUCGACUCAAGUGAAGGGCUGUUGCGUCGUCUCAGUGGCACUGACCCAGGUAAAAGUUGAGGGAGCCGUUGCAGAGGCAGUAGUGGGGCAAGCAGGCGGCAGCAACAGCAGAGAGAUGUGGAGGUCACAAGCAGAGGCAGCAGUGGCAGCAGUGGCAGGAGAUCAACCCCACAAUGACUGGCCAAACUCGCAGUACCCCAUUCUCCCUCAGUCUCCAUCGUUCUCCUUCAUUCUCCGGCAGUCUCCAUCGAUCUCCUUCAUUCUCCCUCAGUCUCCAUCGUUCUCCUUCAUUCUCCCGCAGUCUCCAUCGUUCUCCUUCAUUCUCCCUCAGUCUCCAUCGUUCUCCUUCAUUCUCCCUCAGUCUCCAUCGUUCUCCUUCAUUCUCCGGCAGUCUCCAUCGAUCUCCUUCAUUCUCCCUCAGUCUCCAUCGUUCUCCUUCAUUCUCCCCCAGUCUCCAUCGUUCUCCUUCAUUCUCCCUCAGUCUCCAUCGUUCUCCUUCAUUCUCCCGCAGUCUCCAUCGUUCUCCUUCAUUCUCCCUCAGUCUCCAUCGUUCUCCUUCAUUCUCCCGCAGUCUCCAUCGUUCUCCUUCAUUCUCCCUCAGUCUCCAUCGUUCUCCUUCAUUCUCCCUCAGUCUCCAUCGUUCUCCUUCAUUCUCCCUCAGUCUCCAUCGUUCUCCUUCAUUCUCCCUCAGUCUCCAUCGUUUUCCUUCAUUCUCCCUCAGUCUCCAUCGUUCUCCUUCAUUCUCCCUCAUUCUCCAUCGUUCUCCUUCAUUCUCCCCCAGUCUCCAUCGUUCUCCUUCAUUCUCCCUCAUUCUCCAUCGUUCUCCUUCAUUCUCCCUCAGUCUCCAUCGUUCUCCUUCAUUCUCCCUCAGUCUCCAUCGUUCUCCUUCAUUCUCCCUCAGUCUCCAUCGUUCUCCUUCAUUCUCCCUCAGUCUCCAUCGUUCUCCUUCAUUCUCCCUCAGUCUCCAUCGUUCUCCUUCAUUCUCCCUCAUUCUCCAUCGUUCUCCUUCAUUCUCCCUCAGUCUCCAUCGUUCUCCUUCAUUCUCCCUCAGUUUCCAUCGUUCUCCUUCAUUCUCCCUCAGUCUCCAUCGUUCUCCUUCAUUCUCCCUCAGUCUCCAUCGUUCUCCUUUAUUCUCCCUCAGUCUCCAUCGUUCUCCUUCAUUCUCCCUCAGUUUCCAUCGUUCUCCUUCAUUCUCCCUCAGUCUCCAUCGUUCUCCUUCAUUCUCCCUCAGUCUCCAUCGUUCUCCUUCAUUCUCCCUCAGUCUCCAUCGUUCUCCUUCAUUCUCCCUCAGUCUCCAUCGUUCUCCUUCAUUCUCCCUCAUUCUCCAUCGUUCUCCUUCAUUCUCCCCCAGUCUCCAUCGUUCUCCUCCAUUCUCCCUCAGUCUCCAUCGUUCUCCUUCAUUCUCCCGCAGUCUCCAUCGUUCUCCUUCAUUCUCCCGCAGUCUCCAUCGUUCUCCUUCAUUCUCCUGCAGUCUCCAUCGUUCUCCUUCAUUCUCCCUCAGUCUCCAUCGUUCUCCUUCAUUCUCCCUCAUUCUCCAUCGUUCUCCUUCAUUCUCCCUCAGUCUCCAUCGUUCUCCUUCAUUCUCCCUCAGUCUCCAUCGUUCUCCUUCAUUCUCCCUCAGUCUCCAUCGUUCUCCUUCAUUCUCCCUCAGUCUCCAUCGUUCUCCUUCAUUCUCCCUCAGUCUCCAUCGUUCUCCUUCAUUCUCCCUCAUUCUCCAUCGUUCUCCUUCAUUCUCCCCCAGUCUCCAUCGUUCUCCUCCAUUCUCCCUCAGUCUCCAUCGUUCUCCUUCAUUCUCCCGCAGUCUCCAUCGUUCUCCUUCAUUCUCCUGCAGUCUCCAUCGUUCUCCUUCAUUCUCCCGCAGUCUCCAUCGUUCUCCUUCAUUCUCCCUCAGUCUCCAUCGUUCUCCUUCAUUCUCCCGCAGUCUCCAUCGUUCUCCUUCAUUCUCCCUCAGUCUCCAUCGUUCUCCUUCAUUCUCCCGCAGUCUCCAUCGUUCUCCUUCAUUCUCCCUCAGUCUCCAUCGUUCUCCUUCAUUCUCCCUCAGUCUCCAUCGUUCUCCUUCAUUCUCCCUCAGUCUCCAUCGUUCUCCUUCAUUCUCCCUCAGUCUCCAUCGUUCUCCUUCAUUCUCCCUCAGUCUCCAUCGUUUUCCUUCAUUCUCCCUCAGUCUCCAUCGUUCUCCUUCAUUCUCCCUCAUUCUCCAUCGUUCUCCUUCAUUCUCCCCCAGUCUCCAUCGUUCUCCUUCAUUCUCCCUCAUUCUCCAUCGUUCUCCUUCAUUCUCCCCCAGUCUCCAUCGUUCUCCUCCAUUCUCCCUCAGUUUCCAUCGUUCUCCUUCAUUCUCCCGCAGUCUCCAUCGUUCUCCUUCAUUCUCCUGCAGUCUCCAUCGUUCUCCUUCAUUCUCCCGCAGUCUCCAUCGUUCUCCUUCAUUCUCCCUCAGUCUCCAUCGUUCUCCUUCAUUCUCCCGCAGUCUCCAUCGUUCUCCUUCAUUCUCCCUAAGUCUCCAUCGUUCUCCUUCAUUCUCCCGCAGUCUCCAUCGUUCUCCUUCAUUCUCCCUCAGUCUCCAUCGUUCUCCUUCAUUCUCCCUCAGUCUCCAUCGUUCUCCUUCAUUCUCCCUCAGUCUCCAUCUCUCCAUCGUUCUCCUUCAUUCUCCCUCAUUCUCCAUCUCUCCAUCGUUCUCCUUCAUUCUCCCUCAUUCUCCAUCGUUCUCCUUCAUUCUCCCUCAUCGUUCUCCUUCAUUCUCCCUCAGUCUCCAUCGUUCUCCUUCAUUCUCCCUCAGUCUCCAUCGUUCUCCUUCAUUCUCCCGCAGUCUCCAUCGUUCUCCUUCAUUCUCCCGCAGUCUCCAUCGUUCUCCUUCAUUCUCCUGCAGUCUCCAUCGUUCUCCUUCAUUCUCCCUCAGUCUCCAUCGUUCUCCUUCAUUCUCCCUCAUUCUCCAUCGUUCUCCUUCAUUCUCCCUCAGUCUCCAUCGUUCUCCUUCAUUCUCCCUCAGUCUCCAUCGUUCUCCUUCAUUCUCCCUCAGUCUCCAUCGUUCUCCUUCAUUCUCCCUCAGUCUCCAUCGUUCUCCUUCAUUCUCCCUCAGUCUCCAUCGUUCUCCUUCAUUCUCCCUCAUUCUCCAUCGUUCUCCUUCAUUCUCCCCCAGUCUCCAUCGUUCUCCUCCAUUCUCCCUCAGUCUCCAUCGUUCUCCUUCAUUCUCCCGCAGUCUCCAUCGUUCUCCUUCAUUCUCCUGCAGUCUCCAUCGUUCUCCUUCAUUCUCCCGCAGUCUCCAUCGUUCUCCUUCAUUCUCCCUCAGUCUCCAUCGUUCUCCUUCAUUCUCCCUCAUUCUCCAUCGUUCUCCUUCAUUCUCCCUCAGUCUCCAUCGUUCUCCUUCAUUCUCCCUCAGUUUCCAUCGUUCUCCUUCAUUCUCCCUCAGUCUCCAUCGUUCUCCUUCAUUCUCCCUCAGUCUCCAUCGUUCUCCUUUAUUCUCCCUCAGUCUCCAUCGUUCUCCUUCAUUCUCCCUCAGUUUCCAUCGUUCUCCUUCAUUCUCCCUCAGUCUCCAUCGUUCUCCUUCAUUCUCCCUCAGUCUCCAUCGUUCUCCUUCAUUCUCCCUCAGUCUCCAUCGUUCUCCUUCAUUCUCCCUCAGUCUCCAUCGUUCUCCUUCAUUCUCCCUCAGUCUCCAUCGCUCUCCUUCAUUCUCCCCCAGUCUCCAUCGUUCUCCUCCAUUCUCCCUCAGUCUCCAUCGUUCUCCUUCAUUCUCCCGCAGUCUCCAUCGUUCUCCUUCAUUCUCCCGCAGUCUCCAUCGUUCUCCUUCAUUCUCCUGCAGUCUCCAUCGUUCUCCUUCAUUCUCCCUCAGUCUCCAUCGUUCUCCUUCAUUCUCCCUCAUUCUCCAUCGUUAUCCUUCAUUCUCCCUCAGUCUCCAUCGUUCUCCUUCAUUCUCCCUCAGUCUCCAUCGUUCUCCUUCAUUCUCCCUCAAUCUCCAUCGUUCUCCUUCAUUCUCCCUCAGUCUCCAUCGUUCUCCUUCAUUCUCCCUCAGUCUCCAUCGUUCUCCUUCAUUCUCCCUCAUUCUCCAUCGUUCUCCUUCAUUCUCCCCCAGUCUCCAUCGUUCUCCUCCAUUCUCCCUCAGUCUCCAUCGUUCUCCUUCAUUCUCCCGCAGUCUCCAUCGUUCUCCUUCAUUCUCCUGCAGUCUCCAUCGUUCUCCUUCAUUCUCCCGCAGUCUCCAUCGUUCUCCUUCAUUCUCCCUCAGUCUCCAUCGUUCUCCUUCAUUCUCCCUCAUUCUCCAUCGUUCUCCUUCAUUCUCCCUCAGUCUCCAUCGUUCUCCUUCAUUCUCCCUCAGUCUCCAUCGUUCUCCUUCAUUCUCCCUCAGUCUCCAUCGUUCUCCUUCAUUCUCCCUCAGUCUCCAUCGUUCUCCUUCAUUCUCCCUCAGUCUCCAUCGUUCUCCUUCAUUCUCCCUCAGUCUCCAUCGUUCUCCUUCAUUCUCCCCCAGUCUCCAUCGUUCUCCUCCAUUCUCCCUCAGCCUCCAUCGUUCUCCUUCAUUCUCCCUCAGUCUCCAUCGUUCUCCUUCAUUCUCCUGCAGUCUCCAUCGUUCUCCUUCAUUCUCCCGCAGUCUCCAUCGUUCUCCUUCAUUCUCCCUCAGUCUCCAUCGUUCUCCUUCAUUCUCCCUCAUUCUCCAUCGUUCUCCUUCAUUCUCCCUCAGUCUCCAUCGUUCUCCUUCAUUCUCCCUCAGUCUCCAUCGUUCUCCUUCAUUCUCCCUCAGUCUCCAUCGUUCUCCUUCAUUCUCCCUCAGUCUCCAUCGUUCUCCUUCAUUCUCCCUCAGUCUCCAUCGUUCUCCUUCAUUCUCCCUCAGUCUCCAUCGUUCUCCUUCAUUCUCCCUCAGUCUCCAUCGUUUUCCUUCAUUCUCCCUCAGUCUCCAUCGUUCUCCUUCAUUCUCCCUCAUUCUCCAUCGUUCUCCUUCAUUCUCCCCCAGUCUCCAUCGUUCUCCUUCAUUCUCCCUCAUUCUCCAUCGUUCUCCUUCAUUCUCCCUCAGUCUCCAUCGUUCUCCUUCAUUCUCCCUCAGUCUCCAUCGUUCUCCUUCAUUCUCCCUCAGUCUCCAUCGUUCUCCUUCAUUCUCCCUCAGUCUCCAUCGUUCUCCUUCAUUCUCCCUCAUUCUCCAUCGUUCUCCUUCAUUCUCCCUCAGUCUCCAUCGUUCUCCUUCAUUCUCCCUCAGUCUCCAUCGUUCUCCUUCAUUCUCCCUCAGUCUCCAUCGUUCUCCUUCAUUCUCCCUCAGUCUCCAUCGUUCUCCUUUAUUCUCCCUCAGUCUCCAUCGUUCUCCUUCAUUCUCCCUCAGUUUCCAUCGUUCUCCUUCAUUCUCCCUCAGUCUCCAUCGUUCUCCUUCAUUCUCCCUCAGUCUCCAUCGUUCUCCUUCAUUCUCCCUCAGUCUCCAUCGUUCUCCUUCAUUCUCCCUCAGUCUCCAUCGUUCUCCUUCAUUCUCCCUCAUUCUCCAUCGUUCUCCUUCAUUCUCCCCCAGUCUCCAUCGUUCUCCUCCAUUCUCCCUCAGUCUCCAUCGUUCUCCUUCAUUCUCCCGCAGUCUCCAUCGUUCUCCUUCAUUCUCCCGCAGUCUCCAUCGUUCUCCUUCAUUCUCCUGCAGUCUCCAUCGUUCUCCUUCAUUCUCCCUCAGUCUCCAUCGUUCUCCUUCAUUCUCCCUCAUUCUCCAUCGUUCUCCUUCAUUCUCCCUCAGUCUCCAUCGUUCUCCUUCAUUCUCCCUCAGUCUCCAUCGUUCUCCUUCAUUCUCCCUCAGUCUCCAUCGUUCUCCUUCAUUCUCCCUCAGUCUCCAUCGUUCUCCUUCAUUCUCCCUCAGUCUCCAUCGUUCUCCUUCAUUCUCCCUCAUUCUCCAUCGUUCUCCUUCAUUCUCCCCCAGUCUCCAUCGUUCUCCUCCAUUCUCCCUCAGUCUCCAUCGUUCUCCUUCCUUCUCCCGCAGUCUCCAUCGUUCUCCUUCAUUCUCCUGCAGUCUCCAUCGUUCUCCUUCAUUCUCCCGCAGUCUCCAUCGUUCUCCUUCAUUCUCCCUCAGUCUCCAUCGUUCUCCUUCAUUCUCCCUCAGUCUCCAUCGUUCUCCUUCAUUCUCCCCCAGUCUCCAUCGUUCUCCUCCAUUCUCCCUCAGCCUCCAUCGUUCUCCUUCAUUCUCCCUCAGUCUCCAUCGUUCUCCUUCAUUCUCCUGCAGUCUCCAUCGUUCUCCUUCAUUCUCCCGCAGUCUCCAUCGUUCUCCUUCAUUCUCCCUCAGUCUCCAUCGUUCUCCUUCAUUCUCCCGCAGUCUCCAUCGUUCUCCUUCAUUCUCCCUCAGUCUCCAUCGUUCUCCUUCAUUCUCCCGCAGUCUCCAUCGUUCUCCUUCAUUCUCCCUCAGUCUCCAUCGUUCUCCUUCAUUCUCCCUCAGUCUCCAUCGUUCUCCUUCAUUCUCCCUCAGUCUCCAUCGUUCUCCUUCAUUCUCCCUCAGUCUCCAUCGUUCUCCUUCAUUCUCCCUCAGUCUCCAUCGUUUUCCUUCAUUCUCCCUCAGUCUCCAUCGUUCUCCUUCAUUCUCCCUCAUUCUCCAUCGUUCUCCUUCAUUCUCCCCCAGUCUCCAUCGUUCUCCUUCAUUCUCCCUCAUUCUCCAUCGUUCUCCUUCAUUCUCCCUCAGUCUCCAUCGUUCUCCUUCAUUCUCCCUCAGUCUCCAUCGUUCUCCUUCAUUCUCCCUCAUUCUCCAUCGUUCUCCUUCAUUCUCCCCCAGUCUCCAUCGUUCUCCUUCAUUCUCCCUCAUUCUCCAUCGUUCUCCUUCAUUCUCCCUCAGUCUCCAUCGUUCUCCUUCAUUCUCCCUCAGUCUCCAUCGUUCUCCUUCAUUCUCCCUCAGUCUCCAUCGUUCUCCUUCAUUCUCCCUCAGUCUCCAUCGUUCUCCUUCAUUCUCCCUCAUUCUCCAUCGUUCUCCUUCAUUCUCCCUCAGUCUCCAUCGUUCUCCUUCAUUCUCCCUCAGUCUCCAUCGUUCUCCUUCAUUCUCCCUCAGUCUCCAUCGUUCUCCUUCAUUCUCCCUCAGUCUCCAUCGUUCUCCUUUAUUCUCCCUCAGUCUCCAUCGUUCUCCUUCAUUCUCCCUCAGUUUCCAUCGUUCUCCUUCAUUCUCCCUCAGUCUCCAUCGUUCUCCUUCAUUCUCCCUCAGUCUCCAUCGUUCUCCUUCAUUCUCCCUCAGUCUCCAUCGUUCUCCUUCAUUCUCCCUCAGUCUCCAUCGUUCUCCUUCAUUCUCCCUCAGUCUCCAUCGUUCUCCUUCAUUCUCCCUCAUUCUCCAUCGUUCUCCUUCAUUCUCCCCCAGUCUCCAUCGUUCUCCUCCAUUCUCCCUCAGUCUCCAUCGUUCUCCUUCAUUCUCCCGCAGUCUCCAUCGUUCUCCUUCAUUCUCCCGCAGUCUCCAUCGUUCUCCUUCAUUCUCCUGCAGUCUCCAUCGUUCUCCUUCAUUCUCCCUCAGUCUCCAUCGUUCUCCUUCAUUCUCCCUCAUUCUCCAUCGUUCUCCUUCAUUCUCCCUCAGUCUCCAUCGUUCUCCUUCAUUCUCCCUCAGUCUCCAUCGUUCUCCUUCAUUCUCCCUCAGUCUCCAUCGUUCUCCUUCAUUCUCCCUCAGUCUCCAUCGUUCUCCUUCAUUCUCCCUCAGUCUCCAUCGUUCUCCUUCAUUCUCCCUCAUUCUCCAUCGUUCUCCUUCAUUCUCCCCCAGUCUCCAUCGUUCUCCUCCAUUCUCCCUCAGUCUCCAUCGUUCUCCUUCAUUCUCCUGCAGUCUCCAUCGUUCUCCUUCAUUCUCCCGCAGUCUCCAUCGUUCUCCUUCAUUCUCCCUCAGUCUCCAUCGUUCUCCUUCAUUCUCCCUCAGUCUCCAUCGUUCUCCUUCAUUCUCCCCCAGUCUCCAUCGUUCUCCUCCAUUCUCCCUCAGCCUCCAUCGUUCUCCUUCAUUCUCCCUCAGUCUCCAUCGUUCUCCUUCAUUCUCCUGCAGUCUCCAUCGUUCUCCUUCAUUCUCCCGCAGUCUCCAUCGUUCUCCUUCAUUCUCCUGCAGUCUCCAUCGUUCUCCUUCAUUCUCCCGCAGUCUCCAUCGUUCUCCUUCAUUCUCCCUCAGUCUCCAUCGUUCUCCUUCAUUCUCCCUCAUUCUCCAUCGUUCUCCUUCAUUCUCCCUCAGUCUCCAUCGUUCUCCUUCAUUCUCCCUCAGUCUCCAUCGUUCUCCUUCAUUCUCCCUCAGUCUCCAUCGUUCUCCUUCAUUCUCCCUCAGUCUCCAUCGUUCUCCUUCAUUCUCCCUCAGUCUCCAUCGUUCUCCUUCAUUCUCCCUCAGUCUCCAUCGUUCUCCUUCAUUCUCCCUCAGUCUCCAUCGUUUUCCUUCAUUCUCCCUCAGUCUCCAUCGUUCUCCUUCAUUCUCCCUCAUUCUCCAUCGUUCUCCUUCAUUCUCCCCCAGUCUCCAUCGUUCUCCUUCAUUCUCCCUCAUUCUCCAUCGUUCUCCUUCAUUCUCCCUCAGUCUCCAUCGUUCUCCUUCAUUCUCCCUCAGUCUCCAUCGUUCUCCUUCAUUCUCCCUCAGUCUCCAUCGUUCUCCUUCAUUCUCCCUCAGUCUCCAUCGUUCUCCUUCAUUCUCCCUCAUUCUCCAUCGUUCUCCUUCAUUCUCCCUCAGUCUCCAUCGUUCUCCUUCAUUCUCCCUCAGUCUCCAUCGUUCUCCUUCAUUCUCCCUCAGUCUCCAUCGUUCUCCUUCAUUCUCCCUCAGUCUCCAUCGUUCUCCUUUAUUCUCCCUCAGUCUCCAUCGUUCUCCUUCAUUCUCCCUCAGUUUCCAUCGUUCUCCUUCAUUCUCCCUCAGUCUCCAUCGUUCUCCUUCAUUCUCCCUCAGUCUCCAUCGUUCUCCUUCAUUCUCCCUCAGUCUCCAUCGUUCUCCUUCAUUCUCCCUCAGUCUCCAUCGUUCUCCUUCAUUCUCCCUCAUUCUCCAUCGUUCUCCUUCAUUCUCCCCCAGUCUCCAUCGUUCUCCUCCAUUCUCCCUCAGUCUCCAUCGUUCUCCUUCAUUCUCCCGCAGUCUCCAUCGUUCUCCUUCAUUCUCCCGCAGUCUCCAUCGUUCUCCUUCAUUCUCCUGCAGUCUCCAUCGUUCUCCUUCAUUCUCCCUCAGUCUCCAUCGUUCUCCUUCAUUCUCCCUCAUUCUCCAUCGUUCUCCUUCAUUCUCCCUCAGUCUCCAUCGUUCUCCUUCAUUCUCCCUCAGUCUCCAUCGUUCUCCUUCAUUCUCCCUCAGUCUCCAUCGUUCUCCUUCAUUCUCCCUCAGUCUCCAUCGUUCUCCUUCAUUCUCCCUCAGUCUCCAUCGUUCUCCUUCAUUCUCCCUCAUUCUCCAUCGUUCUCCUUCAUUCUCCCCCAGUCUCCAUCGUUCUCCUCCAUUCUCCCUCAGUCUCCAUCGUUCUCCUUCCUUCUCCCGCAGUCUCCAUCGUUCUCCUUCAUUCUCCUGCAGUCUCCAUCGUUCUCCUUCAUUCUCCCGCAGUCUCCAUCGUUCUCCUUCAUUCUCCCUCAGUCUCCAUCGUUCUCCUUCAUUCUCCCUCAGUCUCCAUCGUUCUCCUUCAUUCUCCCCCAGUCUCCAUCGUUCUCCUCCAUUCUCCCUCAGCCUCCAUCGUUCUCCUUCAUUCUCCCUCAGUCUCCAUCGUUCUCCUUCAUUCUCCUGCAGUCUCCAUCGUUCUCCUUCAUUCUCCCGCAGUCUCCAUCGUUCUCCUUCAUUCUCCCUCAGUCUCCAUCGUUCUCCUUCAUUCUCCCGCAGUCUCCAUCGUUCUCCUUCAUUCUCCCUCAGUCUCCAUCGUUCUCCUUCAUUCUCCCGCAGUCUCCAUCGUUCUCCUUCAUUCUCCCUCAGUCUCCAUCGUUCUCCUUCAUUCUCCCUCAGUCUCCAUCGUUCUCCUUCAUUCUCCCUCAGUCUCCAUCGUUCUCCUUCAUUCUCCCUCAGUCUCCAUCGUUCUCCUUCAUUCUCCCUCAGUCUCCAUCGUUUUCCUUCAUUCUCCCUCAGUCUCCAUCGUUCUCCUUCAUUCUCCCUCAUUCUCCAUCGUUCUCCUUCAUUCUCCCCCAGUCUCCAUCGUUCUCCUUCAUUCUCCCUCAUUCUCCAUCGUUCUCCUUCAUUCUCCCUCAGUCUCCAUCGUUCUCCUUCAUUCUCCCUCAGUCUCCAUCGUUCUCCUUCAUUCUCCCUCAUUCUCCAUCGUUCUCCUUCAUUCUCCCCCAGUCUCCAUCGUUCUCCUUCAUUCUCCCUCAUUCUCCAUCGUUCUCCUUCAUUCUCCCUCAGUCUCCAUCGUUCUCCUUCAUUCUCCCUCAGUCUCCAUCGUUCUCCUUCAUUCUCCCUCAGUCUCCAUCGUUCUCCUUCAUUCUCCCUCAGUCUCCAUCGUUCUCCUUCAUUCUCCCUCAUUCUCCAUCGUUCUCCUUCAUUCUCCCUCAGUCUCCAUCGUUCUCCUUCAUUCUCCCUCAGUCUCCAUCGUUCUCCUUCAUUCUCCCUCAGUCUCCAUCGUUCUCCUUCAUUCUCCCUCAGUCUCCAUCGUUCUCCUUUAUUCUCCCUCAGUCUCCAUCGUUCUCCUUCAUUCUCCCUCAGUUUCCAUCGUUCUCCUUCAUUCUCCCUCAGUCUCCAUCGUUCUCCUUCAUUCUCCCUCAGUCUCCAUCGUUCUCCUUCAUUCUCCCUCAGUCUCCAUCGUUCUCCUUCAUUCUCCCUCAGUCUCCAUCGUUCUCCUUCAUUCUCCCUCAGUCUCCAUCGUUCUCCUUCAUUCUCCCUCAUUCUCCAUCGUUCUCCUUCAUUCUCCCCCAGUCUCCAUCGUUCUCCUCCAUUCUCCCUCAGUCUCCAUCGUUCUCCUUCAUUCUCCCGCAGUCUCGUUCGUUCUCCUUCAUUCUCCCGCAGUCUCCAUCGUUCUCCUUCAUUCUCCUGCAGUCUCCAUCGUUCUCCUUCAUUCUCCCUCAGUCUCCAUCGUUCUCCUUCAUUCUCCCUCAUUCUCCAUCGUUCUCCUUCAUUCUCCCUCAGUCUCCAUCGUUCUCCUUCAUUCUCCCUCAGUCUCCAUCGUUCUCCUUCAUUCUCCCUCAGUCUCCAUCGUUCUCCUUCAUUCUCCCUCAGUCUCCAUCGUUCUCCUUCAUUCUCCCUCAGUCUCCAUCGUUCUCCUUCAUUCUCCCUCAUUCUCCAUCGUUCUCCUUCAUUCUCCCCCAGUCUCCAUCGUUCUCCUCCAUUCUCCCUCAGUCUCCAUCGUUCUCCUUCCUUCUCCCGCAGUCUCCAUCGUUCUCCUUCAUUCUCCUGCAGUCUCCAUCGUUCUCCUUCAUUCUCCCGCAGUCUCCAUCGUUCUCCUUCAUUCUCCCUCAGUCUCCAUCGUUCUCCUUCAUUCUCCCGCAGUCUCCAUCGUUCUCCUUCAUUCUCCCUCAGUCUCCAUCGUUCUCCUUCAUUCUCCCGCAGUCUCCAUCGUUCUCCUUCAUUCUCCCUCAGUCUCCAUCGUUCUCCUUCAUUCUCCCUCAGUCUCCAUCGUUCUCCUUCAUUCUCCCUCAGUCUCCAUCGUUCUCCUUCAUUCUCCCUCAGUCUCCAUCGUUCUCCUUCAUUCUCCCUCAGUCUCCAUCGUUUUCCUUCAUUCUCCCUCAGUCUCCAUCGUUCUCCUUCAUUCUCCCUCAUUCUCCAUCGUUCUCCUUCAUUCUCCCCCUGUCUCCAUCGUUCUCCUUCAUUCUCCCUCAUUCUCCAUCGUUCUCCUUCAUUCUCCCUCAGUCUCCAUCGUUCUCCUUCAUUCUCCCUCAGUCUCCAUCGUUCUCCUUCAUUCUCCCUCAGUCUCCAUCGUUCUCCUUCAUUCUCCCUCAGUCUCCAUCGUUCUCCUUCAUUCUCCCUCAGUCUCCAUCGUUCUCCUUCAUUCUCCCCCAGUCUCCAUCGUUCUCCUCCAUUCUCCCUCAGUCUCCAUCGUUCUCCUUCAUUCUCCCGCAGUCUCCAUCGUUCUCCUUCAUUCUCCCGCAGUCUCCAUCGUUCUCCUUCAUUCUCCUGCAGUCUCCAUCGUUCUCCUUCAUUCUCCCUCAGUCUCCAUCGUUCUCCUUCAUUCUCCCUCAUUCUCCAUCGUUCUCCUUCAUUCUCCCUCAGUCUCCAUCGUUCUCCUUCAUUCUCCCUCAGUUUCCAUCGUUCUCCUUCAUUCUCCCUCAGUCUCCAUCGUUCUCCUUCAUUCUCCCUCAGUCUCCAUCGUUCUCCUUUAUUCUCCCUCAGUCUCCAUCGUUCUCCUUCAUUCUCCCUCAGUUUCCAUCGUUCUCCUUCAUUCUCCCUCAGUCUCCAUCGUUCUCCUUCAUUCUCCCUCAGUCUCCAUCGUUCUCCUUCAUUCUCCCUCAGUCUCCAUCGUUCUCCUUCAUUCUCCCUCAGUCUCCAUCGUUCUCCUUCAUUCUCCCUCAGUCUCCAUCGUUCUCCUUCAUUCUCCCCCAGUCUCCAUCGUUCUCCUCCAUUCUCCCUCAGUCUCCAUCGUUCUCCUUCAUUCUCCCGCAGUCUCCAUCGUUCUCCUUCAUUCUCCCGCAGUCUCCAUCGUUCUCCUUCAUUCUCCUGCAGUCUCCAUCGUUCUCCUUCAUUCUCCCUCAGUCUCCAUCGUUCUCCUUCAUUCUCCCUCAUUCUCCAUCGUUCUCCUUCAUUCUCCCUCAGUCUCCAUCGUUCUCCUUCAUUCUCCCUCAGUCUCCAUCGUUCUCCUUCAUUCUCCCUCAGUCUCCAUCGUUCUCCUUCAUUCUCCCUCAGUCUCCAUCGUUCUCCUUCAUUCUCCCUCAUUCUCCAUCGUUCUCCUUCAUUCUCCCCCAGUCUCCAUCGUUCUCCUCCAUUCUCCCUCAGUCUCCAUCGUUCUCCUUCAUUCUCCCGCAGUCUCCAUCGUUCUCCUUCAUUCUCCUGCAGUCUCCAUCGUUCUCCUUCAUUCUCCCGCAGUCUCCAUCGUUCUCCUUCAUUCUCCCUCAGUCUCCAUCGUUCUCCUUCAUUCUCCCUCAUUCUCCAUCGUUCUCCUUCAUUCUCCCUCAGUCUCCAUCGUUCUCCUUCAUUCUCCCUCAGUCUCCAUCGUUCUCCUUCAUUCUCCCUCAGUCUCCAUCGUUCUCCUUCAUUCUCCCUCAGUCUCCAUCGUUCUCCUUCAUUCUCCCUCAGUCUCCAUCGUUCUCCUUCAUUCUCCCUCAGUCUCCAUCGUUCUCCUUCAUUCUCCCCCAGUCUCCAUCGUUCUCCUCCUUUCUCCCUCAGUCUCCAUCGUUCUCCUUCAUUCUCCCUCAGUCUCCAUCGUUCUCCUUCAUUCUCCUGCAGUCUCCAUCGUUCUCCUUCAUUCUCCCGCAGUCUCCAUCGUUCUCCUUCAUUCUCCCUCAGUCUCCAUCGUUCUCCUUCAUUCUCCCUCAUUCUCCAUCGUUCUCCUUCAUUCUCCCUCAGUCUCCAUCGUUCUCCUUCAUUCUCCCUCAGUCUCCAUCGUUCUCCUUCAUUCUCCCUCAGUCUCCAUCGUUCUCCUUCAUUCUCCCUCAGUCUCCAUCGUUCUCCUUCAUUCUCCCUCAGUCUCCAUCGUUCUCCUUCAUUCUCCCUCAGUCUCCAUCGUUCUCCUUCAUUCUCCCUCAGUCUCCAUCGUUUUCCUUCAUUCUCCCUCAGUCUCCAUCGUUCUCCUUCAUUCUCCCUCAUUCUCCAUCGUUCUCCUUCAUUCUCCCCCAGUCUCCAUCGUUCUCCUUCAUUCUCCCUCAUUCUCCAUCGUUCUCCUUCAUUCUCCCUCAGUCUCCAUCGUUCUCCUUCAUUCUCCCUCAGUCUCCAUCGUUCUCCUUCAUUCUCCCUCAGUCUCCAUCGUUCUCCUUCAUUCUCCCUCAGUCUCCAUCGUUCUCCUUCAUUCUCCCUCAGUCUCCAUCGUUCUCCUUCAUUCUCCCUCAUUCUCCAUCGUUCUCCUUCAUUCUCCCCCAGUCUCCAUCGUUCUCCUCCAUUCUCCCUCAGUCUCCAUCGUUCUCCUUCAUUCUCCCUCAGUCUCCAUCGUUCUCCUUCAUUCUCCCUCAUUCUCCAUCGUUCUCCUUCAUUCUCCCCCAGUCUCCAUCGUUCUCCUCCAUUCUCCCUCAGUCUCCAUCGUUCUCCUUCAUUCUCCCUCAGUCUCCAUCGUUCUCCUUCAUUCUCCCUCAGUCUCCAUCGUUCUCCUUCAUUCUCCCUCAGUCUCCAUCGUUUUCCUUCAUUCUCCCUCAGUCUCCAUCGUUCUCCUUCAUUCUCCCUCAUUCUCCAUCGUUCUCCUUCAUUCUCCCUCAGUCUCCAUCGUUCUCCUUCAUUCUCCCUCAGUCUCCAUCGUUCUCCUUCAUUCUCCCUCAGUCUCCAUCGUUCUCCUUCAUUCUCCCUCAUUCUCCAUCGUUCUCCUUCAUUCUCCCCCUGUCUCCAUCGUUCUCCUUCAUUCUCCCUCAUUCUCCAUCGUUCUCCUUCAUUCUCCCUCAGUCUCCAUCGUUCUCCUUCAUUCUCCCUCAGUCUCCAUCGUUCUCCUUCAUUCUCCCUCAGUCUCCAUCGUUCUCCUUCAUUCUCCCUCAGUCUCCAUCGUUCUCCUUCAUUCUCCCUCAGUCUCCAUCGUUCUCCUUCAUUCUCCCUCAGUCUCCAUCGUUCUCCUUCAUUCUCCCUCAGUCUCCAUCGUUCUCCUUCAUUCUCCCUCAGUCUCCAUCGUUCUCCUUCAUUCUCCCCCAGUCUCCAUCGUUCUCCUCCAUUCUCCCUCAGUCUCCAUCGUUCUCCUUCAUUCUCCCUCAGUCUCCAUCGUUCUCCUUCAUUCUCCUGCAGUCUCCAUCGUUCUCCUUCAUUCUCCCGCAGUCUCCAUCGUUCUCCUUCAUUCUCCCUCAGUCUCCAUCGUUCUCCUUCAUUCUCCCUCAUUCUCCAUCGUUCUCCUUCAUUCUCCCUCAGUCUCCAUCGUUCUCCUUCAUUCUCCCUCAGUCUCCAUCGUUCUCCUUCAUUCUCCCUCAGUCUCCAUCGUUCUCCUUCAUUCUCCCUCAGUCUCCAUCGUUCUCCUUCAUUCUCCCUCAGUCUCCAUCGUUCUCCUUCAUUCUCCCUCAGUCUCCAUCGUUCUCCUUCAUUCUCCCUCAGUCUCCAUCGUUUUCCUUCAUUCUCCCUCAGUCUCCAUCGUUCUCCUUCAUUCUCCCUCAUUCUCCAUCGUUCUCCUUCAUUCUCCCCCAGUCUCCAUCGUUCUCCUUCAUUCUCCCUCAUUCUCCAUCGUUCUCCUUCAUUCUCCCUCAGUCUCCAUCGUUCUCCUUCAUUCUCCCUCAGUCUCCAUCGUUCUCCUUCAUUCUCCCUCAGUCUCCAUCGUUCUCCUUCAUUCUCCCUCAGUCUCCAUCGUUCUCCUUCAUUCUCCCUCAGUCUCCAUCGUUCUCCUUCAUUCUCCCUCAUUCUCCAUCGUUCUCCUUCAUUCUCCCCCAGUCUCCAUCGUUCUCCUCCAUUCUCCCUCAGUCUCCAUCGUUCUCCUUCAUUCUCCCUCAGUCUCCAUCGUUCUCCUUCAUUCUCCCUCAGUCUCCAUCGUUCUCCUUCAUUCUCCCUCAGUCUCCAUCGUUCUCCUUCAUUCUCCCUCAGUCUCCAUCGUUCUCCUUCAUUCUCCCUCAGUCUCCAUCGUUCUCCUUCAUUCUCCCUCAGUCUCCAUCGUUCUCCUUCAUUCUCCCUCAGUCUCCAUCGUUUUCCUUCAUUCUCCCUCAGUCUCCAUCGUUCUCCUUCAUUCUCCCUCAUUCUCCAUCGUUCUCCUUCAUUCUCCCUCAGUCUCCAUCGUUCUCCUUCAUUCUCCCUCAGUCUCCAUCGUUCUCCUUCAUUCUCCCUCAGUCUCCAUCGUUCUCCUUCAUUCUCCCUCAUUCUCCAUCGUUCUCCUUCAUUCUCCCCCUGUCUCCAUCGUUCUCCUUCAUUCUCCCUCAUUCUCCAUCGUUCUCCUUCAUUCUCCCUCAGUCUCCAUCGUUCUCCUUCAUUCUCCCUCAGUCUCCAUCGUUCUCCUUCAUUCUCCCUCAGUCUCCAUCGUUCUCCUUCAUUCUCCCUCAGUCUCCAUCGUUCUCCUUCAUUCUCCCUCAGUCUCCAUCGUUCUCCUUCAUUCUCCCUCAGUCUCCAUCGUUCUCCUUCAUUCUCCCUCAUUCUCCAUCGUUCUCCUUCAUUCUCCCCCUGUCUCCAUCGUUCUCCUUCAUUCUCCCUCAUUCUCCAUCGUUCUCCUUCAUUCUCCCUCAGUCUCCAUCGUUCUCCUUCAUUCUCCCUCAGUCUCCAUCGUUCUCCUUCAUUCUCCCUCAGUCUCCAUCGUUCUCCUUCAUUCUCCCUCAUUCUCCAUCGUUCUCCUUCAUUCUCCCUCAGUCUCCAUCGUUCUCCUUCAUUCUCCCUCAGUCUCCAUCGUUCUCCUUCAUUCUCCCUCAGUCUCCAUCGUUCUCCUUCAUUCUCCCUCAUUCUCCAUCGUUCUCCUUCAUUCUCCCCCUGUCUCCAUCGUUCUCCUUCAUUCUCCCUCAUUCUCCAUCGUUCUCCUUCAUUCUCCCUCAGUCUCCAUCGUUCUCCUUCAUUCUCCCUCAGUCUCCAUCGUUCUCCUUCAUUCUCCCUCAGUCUCCAUCGUUCUCCUUCAUUCUCCCUCAGUCUCCAUCGUUCUCCUUCAUUCUCCCUCAGUCUCCAUCGUUCUCCUUCAUUCUCCCUCAGUCUCCAUCGUUCUCCUUCAUUCUCCCUCAGUCUCCAUCGUUCUCCUUCAUUCUCCCUUCGUCUCCAUUUUUCUCCUUCAUCCUCCCUCAGUCUCCAUCUCUCCCUCAGUCCCUCUCAGUGCCCCUCAUUCUCCCCCAGCUUCGCUCAUUCUCCACCAGUCGCCUUCUUUCUCCCUCAUUCUCCCUCAUUCUCCCCCAAACUCCGCAUUCUCCCUCGUUCUCCCUCACUCUUCCUUGUUCUCCCUCAUUCUCCUCACUCAUCUACCGUGUCAACCCACCCAUGGCUGACCCAAGUCACAGACUCACAGUACCCAUCCCUCUGUCUCAGUCUGCAACAGCACGGUAG